UCAAUAUUAGGUCAAGUGUUAUCAGCAUUCUUGUAUAGGCCUGUUAUAACAAUCAUUAUUAAUGCAACAAGGCAAACUUCAUGAGUUCAGACUCUACAGUGUACAAGCUGAAAUUACAGAUCUGGGCGAGUUUAGUGUGCUACAUAAAUUAAGCUAGACUUUAGUUUGAAAUUAAACGCAACAGAGUGAAGGAGGAGUUGAAAUAUCAUCAUGAAUUUUUCAGCCACCAGCGACUAUAACAAAGAAGACGGCCAUUUUAUCCAGCAUGGCUUAACAAUGAGGAAUAUUAGUAAGCUAGCAUUCCAGCCCAGCGAUGAGGUACUGGACGUGGGUUGUGGAACCGGUAAUGUGACUAAAUACAUAGCCAAACAAGUCAAAAGAGUAACAGGUAUCGACCUUUCGGAAGAAAUGAUUGCUAAUGCUCGUACCAACAACUCAGCAACUAAUAUAAACUACGCUGUGUGGGACGCACAAACAGUUGGAGACAAUCCCGAAUGGCGGGAAACAUUCGACAAAGUCGUCAGCUUCUUGGCACUUAUGUGGAUUCCUGACCAACUUAAGGCACUGAGAGGCAUUUUGACGUGUCUAAAACCGGGAGGGGAAGCUCUCUUUAUUAGCGUCAAUCGAGAUGUGGUUUUGAAAGAGGGCAUGCAGUUCUUACAAAGUCACCCCACGUGGAAAGAUUACUUAAAGGAGUGUGUUUACUUAAUGCAUCCUUGGAACCGAUCAGUUGAAGAAACUAAGGAUGUAUUCCAUCAAUGUGGUUGGACGAAUGUUUGUUCUGAUCUUCAAGUAUCUGAUCCGGCACCAGAAAGCGUCAUCAAAUUGUUUUCCAAGACUGUGUUCGGACUAACUGCACAGAUCCCGGAUAUUCACCAGGAUGCCUUCCUCGACGACCUGUGGCACUGGAUGCUGUCAAGAUGGGAGGACAAAUCUCAAGUCGGACUUGUCCAACUACCCAACCAGGCAAACGUCAUCAAGGCUCGCAAACCAGUUGCAUGAACAUCUCAUAAUCCGGCUGAGACUUAAACGGGAACCAUGCCCAAACCUUAAACAGGUUUUGCAACAAUAUAACUGCGUACAAUAUUUAGUCAGUACACAAUACGUUUUUUUCUUGUCUAUUGUUGCUAUGCCUCUCUUGUUUUUAAUGUAUUCUACUUUACACAGGGAAGACAAAAUUUCAUUUUUUAUUUUAUCGCGACGGUCCAUAAACGUAACCGCGAGUCUAUACAGGGUAUACUACCGAUGAUGAUGGUAUAAAAUAAAAACGAUGAUGGUAUAAAAUAAAGUCAAAGUGUCAACAUAGUCAUUGUUAACCAAGCAGAAUGUAUUUAUUCAAGAAAAGAAAACUGAACACAAUUUGUCAUUUCUCUUCAUAUAACUUACAAUAAUAGUUUCUUUUUUUCACACAACAGAAAUAUGGAAAGAAUACUACACACGAACAAACAAAAAAUAUCUCAAACAAAAAAUAUCUUUUUGUAAUCAACGAAUUGUAUAAUUAUUCAAUCAACUUUUAAAAGUUGAUUUAUACUAUCAAAUCAUCUACGUAGAAAAAGAAAAUGUGACAUGGUACCUCGGUCAACACCAACACGAGCAAUGCAAGUUGUGUUCAACCGGUCACCAUUAUGAAAAAGACAAGAUGUAGAGAUUUGUAACUGUCCUGUACGGAGGUCAAAGUUUAUCAAAAAGAGUAUAAAACGCCAAUCCAACAAAACACUGCCAAACCGACCUUAAUCUGCCCCACAUAACAAUUAACAGAUGUUACUAUAUGUAUGUUCAGUAUGUACACCAAAGUCUGCUACCACCCCCAUCCACCCAUUAACAAGUAGGAGGUUCUAUUUAAACACUAUCAACAAAUCACAAUUAUGUUCAUUUCGUUUCGUUUGAGUUAAAGGGAUCCAGCCGUUAACGAUUUCAUUACAGUCAAUUAAAACAAAAAGGCGCCAAACCUCAAACGAAAAUUUAACAAGAAAAAAAAAGAGCACAGGGAGCAUUGUGUUUUAACUUUCUUAAGGGAAAACAGAACGCACUAUUUAUUCAUUUUCAAAAGUCUUCCGGACAUCAAAUUAUUGAAAUAACUGUCAAAGUUAUUCAUAUAAAUUCUAAUAUUAAGUAAGAUUGGGUAACCACAUCCUUACUAAGCGUAGCCUAUUGAGACCACUAUCAUUAACGCGAAACCACAAUAUACCCUUUGUACCGAUGACAUCACAGUUGUUUCCUGCCUUGACGUGUAAUAACCGAGUACUGCAUUUCUGACAGCUGGGCCCAAUUUUAUAGAGCUGCUUUAAAGCAGAAAAUAUUGCUGAACAAUAUUGUUGCUAAGCAGAAAUGAG